AUGCGCGAGGCGGUGACGCGCGUAGUACAUUCCAAGAUCUGUUGUGGCGCGGUCACUAGUCCUCUGCUGUUAUUUAUUGAACGAAAAGGAGUGUUAUCUUUUAAAUAUCAGCACCUUCAUUAUGACAGAAGACCGCAAGGAAGUACGAGUAUGGUGCGAUGGUUGCUACGACAUGGUACAUUUCGGCCACGCGAAUUCUUUGCGACAGGCGAAAGCAUUAGGUGAUUACUUAGUUGUCGGUGUACAUACAGAUGAAGAAAUUACUAAACAUAAAGGACCUCCAGUGUUCAUGGAACAGGAAAGGUACAAAAUGGUUCGUGGAAUUAAAUGGGUAGAUGAGGUGGUAGAAGGUGCACCUUAUGUUACAACAUUGGAGACAUUAGAUAAAUACAACUGUGAUUUUUGUGUACAUGGUGAUGAUAUUACUAUGACAGCAGAUGGUAUAGAUACAUAUCAUUUGGUAAAAUCAGCAGGUCGCUAUAGAGAGGUUCAAAGAACUGCUGGUGUAUCUACAACCGAUUUAGUAGGACGUAUGCUUUUAAUGACACGUCAACACUUUAGACAAGGAGAUAGCGAAUAUACUGUUGAUAGAGAACCCAGCAAAAGGAUGGGUCAAGAUAGAACAGCUAGAAGUCCAUGGACAGGCUGUUCACAGUUUUUACCUACUACACAAAAAAUUAUUCAGUUUAGUGAUGGAAAAAGUCCACAACCUGGAGAUAAAAUAGUUUACGUAGCAGGAGCAUUUGAUCUCUUUCAUGUUGGUCAUUUAGAUUUCUUAGAAGUGGCAAAGAAAGAAGGAGAUUAUCUUAUAGUUGGACUUCAUACAGAUCCAGUAGUUAAUCGGUACAAAUGUGGUAAUCAUCCAAUCAUGAAUCUUCAUGAAAGAGUGCUCAGUGUAUUAGCAUGCAAGUAUGUUAAUGAAGUAGUAAUUGGAGCACCAUACGAAGUGACAAAGGAUCUAAUGGAACAUUUUGAUGUAUCUGUUGUUUGUCAUGGUCAGACUUCUAUAAUGCCUUGUGAAGAUGGUUCAGAUCCAUAUGCUGAACCUAAAAGACAAAAUAAAUUUAAACUUUUGGACAGUGGUAAUGACAUGACAACAGAAAAAAUUGUUGAACGCAUUAUUCUUCACAGUGAUUAAUUACAGGUUGGAAUUCGAAGAUAGAAAUUUAAGAAAAGAGAAGAAAGAACUGGCAGCAUGCGAAGCCCUUACGAAGUCUCAGAAAAAUGAAAGGACUAAAUAAUUUACUCUGUAGACUCAGAGUGUGUGAUAAUCAUAUUUUAUAGAAUACACUUGUAAAUACGAUAUCACACCGACAUGUUACGUAUUUAAUUUUAUUCGAAAAAUAUAUGUGGUUUAAAUAUUUA